CGCCGCGGUCGGGCCCUGCAGACAGGAGCCAUGGCGAAAAGACGGGAGGAGAGAGAAGAAAUUGCUGAGGUGACAAGAGGUGACGACCUGGAAAGACUCGUCGCCGUCGCCGCUUCGCCGUCGUCUCUCUCUCCUCUGUCUAGGCCCCACGGUGGAUGAUAUCUGGCGACCCGGUGUCUCCCUACCUUGCACCUUGCCUCCUCUCUCUCUCUCCAAUCUUCUUCUUCCCCGGCUUGCUGACCGUGACCGCCCUCAAUCCCCCCAUAUAUUAUCCUCUUCCUCCUCUCGCUACAUACCCGGUGACCAACUGACCAGAUCCUCUUCUCCACCCGUCCCGGCCUCCUCCGCCGCCGCCGGACCAGUCGUCUCCUUCUCCUACCUGAUCUGAUCGAGCUCGUCUUGGCUGGUCACUCGAGCUCAGGCAUGGAGUUUGCCGGCGGCGGCAUCGCAGCUCCGGCCGCCGACAGCCCUGGCGCGGGGGCGUCGAGGCCGAGCAGGUACGAGUCGCAGAAGCGGCGGGACUGGCACACGUUCGGGCAGUACCUGCGGAACCACCGGCCGCCGCUGGAGCUGCCCCGGUGCAGCGGCGCGCACGUGCUCGAGUUCCUGCGCUACCUGGACCAGUUCGGCAAGACCAAGGUGCACGCGUCCGGGUGCCCCUUCUUCGGCCACCCGUCGCCGCCGGCGCCGUGCCCGUGCCCGCUCAAGCAGGCGUGGGGCAGCCUUGACGCGCUCGUCGGCCGCCUGCGCGCCGCGUUCGAGGAGCACGGCGGGCGGCCCGAGGCCAACCCGUUCGGCGCGCGCGCCGUCAGGCUCUACCUCCGCGAGGUCCGCGACAGCCAGGCCAAGGCGCGCGGCAUCGCCUACGAGAAGAAGCGGCGCAAGCGACACCCGGCGGCGCACCGCCAGCCCAAGCAGCAGCAGGAUGGCCAUGGCCAGCACCACCACCCGUCGCAGGCCGCGCCGGGCCCGGUGGCCGAGCGGCGCCUGGCUGACGUGGCCGAGCCGCCGGCGCCGCACUUCUUGAUCCCGCACGCGCACUUCCUCCACGGCCAUUUCCUGGCGCCGGUGACCCAGCCCAUCGACCCUGCCGCGGGCGGAGGUGGCGGCGGCGCUGGGGAGGACAUUGUGCUCGCAAUGGCUGCCGCCGCCGAGGCGCACGCGGCCGGGUUCUUCAUGCCGCUGUCCGUGUUCCACUAGCUUGCUAGCUAGCUUUACUCCAGUGCUGCUUCCACAGUUUCCAUGGGGUUAAUUAGCUGAAAUGCAAGAGUGAUUAGGCGUAAGUAAGCUUGCAGAUUUCUGCUAAUGGUGAUGGAUUUGGUCUCGCCGCGCGCGCGUGAUCUUUGUAUGCACGUCACAUCACCAACCGCUGCUGGCUGCCUUUUGGUUGUGUAGUGUUUUUGCACGGUCUUUUGUAUUCUGUUAUCGAAAGAAUGGCAGGAUUAGAUGGCUUGUUCAUUCUCCGUGGCGACGUUCUUGUGGGGGGAUAUCAUGUGCUGUAGCUGACCAAUCGACCUAAGCUUGCGCUCAACUCUCUUUGCAUUGCUUC